UAAUUAGCAGCAUUUGCAAUUUCGGUGAACAUAUUUUAUUUUAGAAAUCCCCUAGAAAAAAAUUUAUAAAUGAAAAACAAAGUAUUUUAUAGUAACUUUCAUACAUUAUUCAUCUAUAUAAACGCAUAAUCAUAAAAGGAAAAGUACCCAGAAAUUAAUUAAGAAAGAUAACAGAAACAAGAAUGGAUCUAGCACACAUACUGCACAUGAAUGGAGGUGACGUCGAAGAAACAAGCUAUGCAAAAAACUCCUUGAUUCAGCAAAAGGUAAUUUCUGGGGCAAAAUCUUCGAGAGACAAAGCCAUAACCAACCUCUACUGCAGUCUAUAUCCAAGAAGAUUCGCAGUUGCAGACUUAGGUUGCUCUUCAGGACCAAACACCUUGUUGGUGAUCUCAGAAAUUAUCAAGGUUGUGGAAAAGCUUUGUAUAGAAUUGAAUCAUGAAUCUCCUGAAUAUGAUGUCUCUUUGAACGAUCUAUCCGGAAACGACUUCAACGGCAUAUUUAAGUCCCUUGACACCUUCAAAGAAAAGCUUUCUAAUGAAUUGGAAAAUAAAAUGGGUCCUUGCUACUUCUCUGGUGUUCCCGGUUCCUUUUAUGGCAGAAUUUUCCCUAAUGAGAGUUUACAUUUAGUUCAUUCCUCAUAUAGCAUUCAUUGGUUAUCUAAGGUUCCCAAUGGUGUGAACAACAACAAGGGCAAUAUUUACAUAGCGAACACAAGCCCAUCAAAUGUCUUCAAGGCAUAUUAUGAACAAUUUCGUAUUGAUUUCUCUCUUUUUCUCAAGUGUCGUGCCAAAGAAUUGGUUGAAGGAGGUUGCAUGAUUCUGACAUUUAUAGGAAGAGAAAGUGAUGAUCCAUUAAGCAAUGGGGUUUGUUACCUUUGGGAACUUUUGGCUACAGCUCUUAAUGAUAUGGUUAAUCAGGGAAUCAUAGAAGAAGAGACCCUCAAUACUUUCAAUCUCCCUAACUAUUAUCCAUCUCCAACUGAAGUGAAAUUGGAAGUUCUAACUGAAGGGUCAUUUGUCAUCGAUCAAUUGGAGAUUUUGGAAGCAAAUAAGAAUGCUAGUGUAGAUAUUGAUUUUGAAAUGUCACGCCUACAACAUAUAAGGGCUGGAAUUGAACCUUUGCUAACUAGCCAUUUUGGUGAAAAUGUCAUCGAAGAUAUAUUUAACCGAUAUAAAAAAAUUCUAAGCGACAGAAUAUCAAAAAAGAGAACUAGCACGACCAAUCUUACCAUAACAUUGACUAGAAAACCAUGAGCUAAAUAUUUUUGUUUGGGUUUUAUAUUUGUAAUUUGAAAUAAAUUUUAAAGUCAUGUUGAUGGUUAAUUUAUA